AUGGUUGUGUUUGGACGUACCUGGUAUGGACAGCUUGUCACCUCGUUCGGGGGCUUGUGGAGGCCAUCGCAUCUUAGUCUUACCUCCCAUCUGAUGGCGCUAAGGAGCCAUCGAGGGGUGCCACGGCCCUUUGAGUGGUCUCGUCUGGCCCGCUGGAUGCUGGUGAUGCAAUGCGGCAUGCUGAUGGGAAAUGCUUGUGCCAACCUGGAACCCUGUCCUAGAAUGCCCGCAGCCCAUCAACGUCGAGGCUUGGUCCAGUCCCUGUUGAAUGUCUGUGGGAUGGGCACGAUGAGGGGAGGAUGGGCGGGCUCGCAGUGGAAACCCCAGUCAACCUUGUCCCUUGCUAGUGGGAACGGUGAAGGACAGGGCCUAUCCCCGGUACCCUCUUCCCCUAGAAUGCCACCCUUGUUUAUAUGUCGGCGUCUUUUUGAUCUUCUUGCUUCUCCAACGGGCUCGCAGAUUCGCAGGCUCGCAAUGUCCAUGAGGCAGGUGUGUGUUCGCUCGUUAAAGGUCAAUGUGUCUCCUGCGCAAGACAUAGAGGUCGGGCGCUGGGAAGGAUUCGUGUUGAUGUUGCUCAGGCUGUAUAGGUCUUGGGCACCUCGUGAGCAGACUACUUUGUAUGUAAGGAAGCACAUGAUAAUUACCUUCGCUUUGCAGAGGCAUUGA